UUCUCUAUUUCGGUUAGCUUGGUGUAGGAGGAGGAGUGGAUGGAAGCAGACAAACAUGUUUUCAGUGGAGAUAGAGUCAGUUUUCAACAUGUUGCUAUGUUAAAUAUGUUAAGCGACUUCUUCUUUUGUUCCCCUUAUUCUUCGUAGCAACGGGGAGGCAGUUGUGUUUCCAUAAUGGCGGUCACGUUAGUACAGGCGUUUUCAUAAUGGCUAAACUGAAAACUUGAGCUGGAAACUUUGAAGAAGCUGCAGUCUUGUUUUACGACACUCCUCUCUGCUGCUAUCAUAAUUUAUACACACAUAUUACAGCAAAACAACAACCAUGGCAUACUCUACAUCUGCCAUAAUGUGGGCAUUUGCUUUUAGCUUCUACUUCGGUGUGUCGAAGUGUCUCUUUACCAUACCGCUGAAAAUAUACACGGGGAAGUUGAAUGUGUCGUCGGCGUUGGAUGCGACUCCUGCUCGGUUGACGUCGUCGAGCUCCGAAGUAAACGGCCUGUCUCUUGCCUCUGAUCCGACUGGCACUGUCAACUUUCUGGACAUGGAGAACAACCUGCUGGGAGAUUCUGGAAGAGGUUACUACAUUGAAAUGUCCAUUGGAACUCCUGGACAAACGCUCAACAUCCUGGUGGACACGGGCAGCAGCAACUUUGCUGUGGCUGCAGCUCCACACCCCUUCAUUACUCACUACUUCAACACUGCACUCUCAAGCACAUACCAGUCAGUUGGUCGGACUGUGGCUGUCAGGUACACCCAGGGCAACUGGGAAGGUGAACUGAGCCUUGACCGUGUCUCCAUCCCCAAAGGCCCAAAUGGGUCCAUGAUCAUCAACAUAGCUGCCAUCCUGUCAUCUGAGGGCUUCUUCCUUCCUCAGGUCAACUGGCAAGGCAUCUUGGGACUCGCCUAUCCCAUGCUGGCACGGCCCGACUCAACUGUGGAGCCCUUCUUCAACUCUGUGGUGCAACAGCUGGGAAUUCCAGACAUCUUCUCCCUCCAGAUGUGCGGCGCUGGACUGUCAGCCAGCAGCACAGAAGACCCUGCAGGCGGCAGUUUUAUUAUGGGAGGCGCUGAGCCGACUCUGUACCAUGGGUCAGUGUGGUACACUCCUAUAAUAGAGGAGUGGUACUACCAAGUGGAGGUGUUAAAGCUGGAGGUUGGAGACCAGAAUCUGGACCUUGACUGCAGAGAGUAUAACAUGGAUAAAGCUAUAGUUGACAGUGGGACAACACUGCUGCGACUUCCUGUCAAUGUCUUCAAUGCGGUGGUAGAAGCCAUCACACGCAGCUCACUGAUCCAGGAUUUUUCUUCAGGGUUCUGGGAUGGCUCAAAGCUUGCAUGCUGGAUGAAGGGAGAGAACCCCUGGACAUUUUUCCCGAAGCUCUCCAUCUACCUGAGAGCCACAAACACCAGUCAGUCCUUCCGUAUCACCAUUCUGCCUCAGCUGUACAUCCAGCCGGUCACCGAGGUGGACGGCACACUCGACUGCUUUCGUUUUGGAUUGUCGUCGUCAACUAAUGGCCUGAUUAUCGGCGCUACUGUUAUGGAAGGCUUCUAUGUGGUGUUUGAUCGAGCCCAACACAGAGUCGGCUUUGCACUCAGCACCUGUGCAGUUAGAGGUGGAGUGGCUCUAUCAGAGAUAACGGGACCUUUCUCAGCAUCUGACGUGGCGGCCGACUGCUCCAGCGGCGUGCUGAAGGAGCCUUUGCUGUGGGUCAUCUCCUACACCUUGAUGGCGAUCUGCGGUGUGGUCCUCAUCGUCCUGUUGCUGCUGCUGGUCCUUCCCUGUCGCCGCAGAGACCACUUCGGAGAGAUAACGGACGAGUCAUCACUGGUCCGUCAUCGUAUCAAAUGACUGAGAGGGACUGGAGGGGUGAACGGGAUGAACGGGCAGGGACACAGAGAUCAGAGCCCCUCCACAGCAGUGGAGAAGGGGUUGAGCCUGCAUGGACCAGUGGCACAUGGCUCUGAACGUCUGACUGACUCAAGACUGCACUCAUCUGCUUUGGCCUCAAGAGGUAGCCUUAACAGACCAACUGCCUCUUAAAGGGAAAGUCCACCCUAAAAACACUGAAAAGUGGACUUCUUGAAAAACCAACAACUGUCAAUGUAGUCAUUAUUACAGUUCCCUGCUUCCUUCUUACUCUCAAGGAUAGUUCAUGACAGCUUUUGUCAUAUGUAGACAAUGUGACAUGGAGAAAGACAUCGAGCAUAGAGGAAGAGCAGGUUAAAGAUCUUAAUGCCAUGUGGCUAUGGGACAGCGUUUAGUGAUGUUGUGGCUGGCUGCUGACAGUAUUGGUCUUUCUAAUGACACACCAAAAACCUGGGUGAAGUAUUAGAGGGCACUCAAGUCAAGUUCCGGCUUGGCAGAGCACAAAGGUGAUCACGGACACAAACAGAAAGGUGAACAAAACUAUGAAUCACUUUAUGAUGCGGGGCAGUUUAAGAAUGUCUACAGGUAAAAUGUGUUCCUUACAGAUAAUCAAUGUGGAUUAGCAGUGCUUAAAACAUUUUCCAGUGUUACUCAAGUCAAAGAUGAGACCUUUGAGUGUGCCUUUACAGCAGAGUGUGUUAUCAACAGAUCUUUCUUUUAGCCUUUUCUUUUAAAGAUCUAACGACAGCUGUUUAUUUCUACUACCGUCUUGUAUGUUUAAGUUAACCUCCAAUCAAAAUAAUGUCUGAGUCUGUUAAAGUUAUGGGAUGAAGCUGCUCAGUCAGUCACUGUUCACAGGAAGGAGUACUACACAUGUUUGCAGUGCAGCCUGAAGUGCCUUUAGGUCUCUGUUCAGUGCUUUAUGAACAGCAGACUUAUUCUGCACUUUUUUCUUAAGUUAAUCAAAAGUGUAAUAGAACGUCAAAGACCAAUAUUUCUAGAUCUAUCAUGCAAUUUGUUAUGAAUGUAAUGUACUAUUUACUAAUACUGCAUACAUACAAGUUUAUAUUUAAAUUUCUUUGAAUAUGGUUGUAUUGUUCUGAAUCUUCUCAUUUUAGAUGUUCAAGGGUGCAUAUUUAUACAUCACAUUUUAUACAAAAUCAAACACUAAAAUUAGGAGCCAAAUGUUUUUUUUUUGAAACUGAAAAAGACUACUUGGUUUUCUGUGAACCAAUUAGCUUUCCAUGUAUUAUGCAAUAUGAUGUUUAUAGUGUCCUGACACUCGAAACACUUUGAUAGUAUUGUAGAAGUCAGUGAUACAGGUUCAUGGAACAUGGUGAGACCACAGACUGUGCUGCACAAUCAUUCUGAAACUAUCUGUGCCUUUAAGCUGAGAAUCCUGUGAUUUGAGCUCCAUGAACGCACGACUGUCGACCAAAUCGUAGAGUUGGAAAGUGAAGGUACACUUGAAUUUUUGAAUGUUUGCUUAUUUAUAUUGAAAGUGUAUUUCCUGUGCCUAAAUUAAAUUUUCUGCUGUAAAUAAAAACGGACCAGAUGAUGGUGUUAGAUGCUU